UCGGUCCAGCGGUCUGGAUGGUGCCCUGUGGCCCGUCCCGAGCCUGCUAACGUUAGUUAACUGGCGGUCGCUUUUAGCGGGUCCCGUCCCCAACAGGGACCGCCCUGGAGUGGGGUGUUUGCCCGUGCCCGAGCCUGCUUGGGAAGGAGCGGGGGGUGUAAACAAUUAACGAAAGGCGCCGUCACCAGGGUGUGGUUGCCACCAGACCGUUCUCGCCAAGAUGUCGUCCACCAUCACCACUACGUCGACGUACAACACCACGACAAGACACACGCUGUCGAGACGGCCCGGACGCGGCGGCAUCGUCACAGCAUCGACCCCGAAUCUGAACCAGCUGUACACAGCGCAGUCAGCGCAGUCAGCGCAGUCCUCGCGCCUGGCGGCACCCGCGCUCGCACGCAAGGGGUCCGUCGCUGCGCUCACCCAAAACUCGUUGGCGGCAAUCCCCGAUGACUCGGACAGCUACGCGUACAACUCCGUCCUGACCAGCGACACCAUGCCGACCCCGCUCACGCCCGCCCGCCCCGGCGGCAGCGACGAGAUCGCCAUCGGCGACACGGUCGAGGUCCCUGGCAGCAUGACGGGAACCGUCCGUUUCAUUGGGCCUGUCGCCGGGCGCAAAGGCACCUUUGCUGGCGUCGAGUUGCACCCCGACUACGCGCCCAGGGGGAAGAACAGCGGCGAUGUCGACGGUGUCCACUACUUCACGACGGCGCAACCAGGCGCCGGCAUCUUCCUCCCGCUCUCCAAAGCUAUCAAGCGCGAACCACCCGAGAUUCCGGCAAGCUCGAUCCCGCUCACACCAGGGAGCGGCGGAUUGAAAGUGGCGAGCCAGAACGCGACCAACUACACCCCGCCGACUCCUGGCUUGCCCAAAUUGAGCCAGUCGGUUGGCGCAGGUCGCGCUCCGAGUCCGCUUGGCAAAAAGAUGCGCCCCUCGCUACCGCGCCCGGAGUCACCCGUCCGGAGGCUCAUGACGCCUGGUCCGCGCCCCACCAUCGCGACCCCAGCGCCAAAAGCGCCCGCCCGGUUCGGCAGCCCGACCUCAGCCAACAAGUUCGCCCAGAGCGUUCGAGGCACCGCCGGUGAUCCCAGCAAGCGAACACCAGGGCAUGCUCGGAAAGGAAGCGUCGGCCCGCGCAGUGUCUCGGCCCUUGGGGUUACGUCGAACCCAAACCUGACCGACGACGACACGACGCCCGUUGGCGUGCAGAGAACGCAAACAAACGGCAGUGUCGGCUCUGUCUCGUCCUUCGCGCUGAAGGUACGGCCGGCCUCGAGGGCGACGUCGCGGAUCGGCAACCACGCCACCGACGAAGAGGUGGAGAGGCUGAGGGCGGAGCUGGAGGAACGGGAUCGCCAGCUCAAGGAGCAGGCUACGACGCUCGCGGAGAUGGAGAACAGCUUGACGGAGCUUCAAGGCCUCAUCGAGAACUCGGAAGGGCCACCGGGCAAGCGGCGGGGCAGCAUCGACGACAAGGACGCGGCACAGCUUCGGGCGCUCCUAAGGGAGAAGAACGACAAGAUCGCCAUGCUCACGGCCGAGUUUGACGCCCACCGGGCAGACUUCCGGAGCACUAUUGAUACCCUAGAGAUGGCGAGCGCAGAGACGGAGCGGGUCUACGAGAAGAGGAUCGAGGAGCUGAUGCAGGAGAUCCAAGAGCUUCAAGACCGGACGGCCGACGUCGAUAGCAUCGCGGCCCAGCUGAAGCAACUGGAGGAGCUGGUGCAGGAACUCGAGGAAGGCCUCGAAGACGCUAGGAGAGGAGAGGCCGAGGCGCGUGGCGAGGUGGAGUUCCUGCGUGGAGAGGUCGAGAGGACACGCGCCGAGCUUCGCCGAGAACGGGAGAAAGCCCAGUCCGCCGUGAGCAGCGCAAACGGUCUUGCCAACGGCGGUUCCAUGUCCAAGGAGUUGGAGCAGAAAGAAGACGAGAUCAGAGGCUUGAAAGCCAUCAUUCACUCGCUCAGCAGGGACUCGGUGCCAAACGACAACUCGGACAGGACCCCGUCCCAGCGGGCUUCAUCCUCCCGCCCGCAGCUGGGCGAGUCCAUCGAGGAUCGCCUCACGCGCGAGAAACUCGACCGCGAGGUCGCUGAACUCCGUGCCCUGCUCGAGAGCAAGACGAGCCGUGAAGAGGAGCUCGAGCGCGAGCUGGAGACGCUGCGCAGGGCCAGCGUCAUGACGGCGGUCGGGCCGGGACGCCGCGCAAGCGCCAUGACCACCGGCAGCACCGGCAACGACCGGGGCUCGAUCCGCGACUCGCGCGGCACCGUCAUCGCCCCGGCCGGCGCCGGCAGCCCGGAGUCUCAGCAGCAGCAGUACAAGGGCCUCGCGCCGCUGAAGCCCCGCCUCCCCAACCGUGGCCGCGCGCUGGAGACGACGCCCGAGAGCGACUCGUACAGCACGGCCACGGAGAACAGCACGCUCUGGUGCGAGAUCUGCGAGACGUCCGGGCACGACAUCCUGACGUGCACCAACGUGUUCGGAUCGUCCGACCAGCAGCAGCGGGAUGCAGCCGCGGGGAAGAGCCACGGCCACGCGGAUGAGAGCGACAGGGGCUUCCAUGACCCAGGCAUCAAGCCCGCUCCCCUGUCGCCCCUCAAGCCGGCCGGCACCGCUAAUGUCUCCCACGCCGCGCCGCCGACCGCGAAUAGGUACAACAAUAAUAAUAACAGCAGCAGCGGCGGCGUCGGCAGUAACAGCAACAACACCCCGGUCAGGAUCAUCCCCAACCCGAUGGACUCGGGCCCCGUGGCGGGCAAGGAAAGCGGCACGGUGGACGCUAGCAAGUGGUGUGCCCUGUGCGAGCGCGACGGCCACGACAGCGUGGACUGCCCGUUCGAGGACGCCUUCUAGCGGAUGCACUCGGCCUCGGUGUCCUAGGUUCUAGGUGGAGAAGGCGGGGCUGGAUACAUGAUGAUGCUGGCGGUGGUGGUGGCGGCGAUUUUUCAGCUGUCGGGGGCAUUCGGAUCCUUGCCUUGCCAGUGUUGAAUGUUGGCCU